CACACACGAUUGCAGAGACCAGUUUAAUCCAUUUAUCCGAGCAAGGCAGACUCCAGAAGGAACAUCAUAGGUGAAAACAGUGAAGGCUCAGAAACCCGUCUGAAGAUAUGCCUUAACUUCUGUGGCUGCUCGGCUCUGUAGUGAAGAGGGAUGCCUGCCCUAAUUGGACUGGUGCUGGUGUUAGCAACAGCGUCACAUGGUUCUUCAUCUUCCUGCAAUGCUACAGGGAAUAAACCAUUAACCCAAUGUUAUGGAGCUGUGGGACAACCUCUUUUCAUAUAUCUGAUAACAAACCUCAGUGGGUAUGAACUAAUUCUAAAAAACAACAUCACAGGUACUGUUGUUUUCACUCAUAAAAACAUUUCAAGAUUUUAUGGAACGUUUGCCAAACAUUCCAUUUUUUAUCCUAAUGGGACCCUUCAGUUGACAAAAGCAGAGAAAAUGCACUCUGGGAAAUAUCUCUUUGAAAUAUACCGUGGGUCAGCUGGACAAUUUUUGCAAGCGAGGACCGUAGAUCUGUUCAUCGAAGGAAGGCCUCCGUUUAUUCCAGUGGCAAUUGUAGUGAUCAUAUUACUUGCAGUGUUGUUGCUGGUAAUAUACACUCUCUACAAGAGGAAAAACAGGCCAAAGGCCCCAGUAGACAACAGGCCUGAGGCUGUGCAAGAGCUGGUAUAUGCACAGGUCACUGUGGUAGAAAGGAAGAACCAGAAGGGGAAGGAGGCGGAGCCAGACACUGUGUAUGAUCAGGUUAAUGCAUCUGGCACCUCUGAAGCUGUGACAGACAAGACCAAGAGUCAGGGGGAAAUAGUGUAUGCCAGUAUUCACACAUAGUCCUGGCCAAUCACAAGGCAUUUUUACAUUGUGCACACGUCCCACAGUCAGGGCAGGUGAAAUGCCAAUCAUAUGCAGUGUACACUAGCCACAGUAUUAAAGCCAUUCUCUCAUGAUAACAUACUGGUGCUUCUUCCUUUCCCAAUGCUAUUGCCUUAGUUCAGAUAAAUAUACCCAUAUCUGGAGUGCAUUCAGAAAUGUAUGCUGUGCCAUGCAUGUAGUGUCAUUAAUUUUAAUUUGUGCCAUUACUGCAAAAUUCAAUGAUUUGCUUCAUAAAAUAUAUUCAUAAAAGGUUAUGGCAAUAGGAAAGGUUUAAGGACUCAUAGGUUUAGCAGUGAAGUGUGUCAAACAUUCUGCUUUGGUUGACAAAGGGCCAGCUUUAUGUUAAGUGUUACAUUUUUUCAUUACUCACACCAUAUUUUUACUACCAGUGACUCACAAUGGCAAGAAGGAUGGAUAAAAACAGGGAUUCACUUGCUCAUUUUAUUAUUCUGUAGG